AUGCCUCAGGAAAACGGAACAAACAACGGCACGCCGGCCUUCCUCAGUACUCAGCCCGGCCCGAACCAUGACUGGCGAAUCACCCUGAAGGAUAAGGUUAUUGUCAUCACCGGCGCAAACAGGGGCAUCGGUCUGGCCAUCGCCGAGGUCUGUCUGGCCAACGAAGCCGCAGCUGUUUACAGCCUAGACCUUUUCGAGCCUGGCGAGGAAUUCACCGCUGUGCAAAAAAAGUCAGCGAAUCCGAGUCGCCUCCAAUACAUCCACUGCGACGUCACAUCCGAGGAAAGCAUCAGCUCGGCAAUCGACGCUGUGGUGUCCGCCAGUGGCGCCGUCCACGGCUUCGUUGCCAAUGCUGGAAUGACCAAGCACCAACCAGCCCUGGACUUCACCCGGGCCGAAAUCGACAAGUUGUUCAACCUGAACGUGUUUGGCGCGUACUUCUGUGCAACGGCAGUUGCGCGCAAAUUCAUUGAGCUCGGGAUCAAGGGCUCUAUUACCCAACCGCGCAGCGCCGAGCGCACCCUAUGGCGCUACGAAGGUGGGCGCACCAUGGUAUUCGCGUGA